AUGGACACAGACACAGAGACCACACAGGGACAGGACGCAGGAAGCGUCUCGGGAGGUGGAGGCCUCGUCCCCAGUGCAGAGCUGUUGGAGUCACUUCAGUCCCUGGGAGAAAACCAGGACUACACUCUGCUGCCUCAGUCUCUGCACCAGAUCGCAGAGGCCUACUCUCUCCAGGAACAAUACCAUUUGGCCGUUCAGUUCCUGGAGCUGGAGAAGCUUUACCAUGAGCGCCUGCUGUCCAACCUCAGCGCCCUGCAGGAGAGCUGGGAGAGUCAGUGGAAGGAGAGAAGGGGCGCUGAGGAAGAGUCGCCUCACGAAGCAAAGAGUCAGAUGGACACACUCUGCCACAUCUGCAGGAGUCAUCUCAGUCCAUCAUCUUCAUCCAGCAGCAACAUUGAGCAGAAGACAUUGGCAUCAAUAUUUAAAGACAUCCAGAACAAGACCGAUGUGUUGAAAAGCUGCCAGGAUGAAGUGGACCGGCUGAAGUCACAGCUGAUGGAGGCCAAGGGCAGGGCUCAGUUCCCGCGCUCAGAGCCUGAAGCGGAGCUGUUUGAGGAGGGCCAGGAGGUGGAGGAAGAGACCACCCCAGAGGAAGAGGAGCUCAGGGUGGAGUGGCCCACAGGAGUGCCCCAGGCCUCCGAGAAGGACCUGGCCAAGCUCUCUACCAAAGCGGGGAAUUCGUCGCCCGAUGGCCUGGUGUCCAUCUUGAAGCGGAGGAGAGCCUCUCUGGACGGGCUGCCUCCUCCCACUGCCGCCAAAGAGAACGCACAACGCAAAGUCCGCUUCACUGAGCCGGACGACCACACGGAGCACGAUGAAGUCGUAGGAGGGGACUCGUGCCUCAUCCUGCUGCUUCUGUGUCUGGUCACUGUGGUGAUCAGCCUGGGAGGGACCGCUCUCUACUGCACCCUGGUGGACACAUACUCAAACAUCUGCGUGGACUUCCAGCAAAACGUGGACUUCUACUUCUCCUACGUGCGGAGGUUUUUCUAG